CACCUGCAUUCGAAGCUCGAAAUAUUGGUUGGAGAUGCAAUAAAGGCAGAGGAAUGGCCCAAAUUUGACCUGUGCGUGGCUAAUUUGCCGUACCAAAUCAGUUCACCUUUUAUCCUGCGUCUUAUCAAAGCUGGUCGUGGGUAUCGGUGUGCUGUUGUAAUGGUACAGAAGGAAUUUGCCGCUCGCCUGUUAGCUCAACCUGGUGAUAAAUUGUACUGUCGGCUCUCGGCAAACGUGCAAUUCCAUUGCAAAGUGGCCCACCUAUUAAAGGUAAGCCGGAAUAGCUUUCGUCCUCCACCUAGAGUUGAUUCUGCAGUCGUUCGUCUAGAACCCCGGCACCCUAAACCACCAGUGUCAAUAAGGGAAUGGGAUGGCCUUCUGCGCCUGGCCUUUCUACGAAAGAAUAAAAAGCUAUCCGCAAACUUUCAGGGUCAAGCAGUCGCAAAAUUGCUUUACCACAAUUGUCAGACCGUCUUGAAAGCUAAUUCAUCCUUUCUGACAACACCCCUUGUUUCUUGCACUGCAACAGAUGAUGUGUUUGCAAUGGAAUCUAGGAUUGCCGAAAUUUUGCGCGCUUCCGGAUUUGACGGAAAGCGUGCACGCACUAUGGACGAAGAUGACUUUCUUCGCCUUCUGCUGGCAUUCAAGCGCGAAGGGAUCUAUUUCGGAUGA